GCGGAGUGGGUCUUCGGCCUGGUGGUCAUCCCCGUGGUCUCCCUUCCCGGGAUGAUCGGCAACAUCUCUAGCCUCAUCGUGCUUUACCGCCACGGGUUCAAGAAGACAUCCAACAUCCUCCUCGCGGCGCUGUCACUCGCCGACUCGUUUUACCUUGUGGGCGUGAAUAACAUCCCGGGGCUCAUCCACGCCUACUCCGCGGGGCGGGGCUUCCAUUUCUCGCAGGAGGUGUCUUACCUCCUGUACGGGUUGUAUCAGUUCUACCGCCUGCUCGAACUCUGGGGAAACUGGUGUUCCCUAACGCUCCCCGUCCUCAUCACACUGGAACGCCUCGUCGCCGUCUACUUCCCGUUUCAGUUCCCGAGCCUCGUGACGUCGACGAGAACGUGGGUGGCCGUUUUCGUGUUCUGCGUCAUAUGGCUGCCGGUCAACGUGUAUUACUUUUUCCUGGAGGACCUGGUCUUCGUUCAGCAGGGAAACGAAAUCGUCGGCCGAAUCGUCUCGAUGCGGUCAUGCGCGAACGAGGAUAUCUACGCAUCUGUGAAGAAGGCGGCUAUCAUCCUAAGCGAGCCGAUCCCUAUUUUCCUGGUCGUCAUGGGGUGCAUCACGGUCGGGGUCCGCGUGCGCAUGGCCAACCGGAAGAGGAAGAAGAUGAUCUCUGUCGUGGUCGCCGUCCAGAAAGCCGCGCCCGCCUAUCGCACGACGUGGACCCUGAUGCUGGUGUGCAUCGCGUACACGGUUACCAUCGGCACCGCCUUCGUCCUCGAAAUGGUCGUCUCGGUGGACUGGAACGCGGAGGUUGGCGUUGUCCUCCAGCUUUUGGUGCGUCUCGUCAAAUGCGUGCACAGCUCGUGCAACUUUCUCAUCUACAUCUACAUUAACAGGAACUUCCGGGAGACCUACAGGUCUAUUUUU